GCUGCCGGUGUUUCUGCUGUGGUCCAUGUCAUGUCACCUCGUGAAAACAAAUCCACCAGGAACAGGCAGUAUGAAGCAAUCAACGCAGCAUUUGACGUCGUUGCAGUUGCCACCAACCAGGGAUCGAUGAUCAAUUCCGAGUCCUCAUCUCAGCGACUGUUGGUGAUAGUGUGCCUAUUUGGACUCAUGUUUCUGGGAGUAGGUUAUUCGGCGAAAAUAGUAUCACUAAUUCAGGCACCCUCUGAAAAAAUCAGUAGCUUAAAAGAUCUACUGGAUUCCCGUUUGGAGAUCGGUAUCAAUGAUGCAUUAUACAACAGGAAGUUUCUUGCGGCAGCGACUGAUCCCGUUCGGAGGGCUUUGUACGACCAGAAAAUAGUGGGAAAAAAUGGAUCCCUAAAUAUUUACGAACUGAACGAAGGAGUUGCCAGAAUUCGAGAAGGACUAUUCGCUUACCACGGGGAUCUGUCACCAAUCUAUUAUACUGUUAGCGAAACUUUCACCGACGUGGAAAAGUGUUAUCUGAGGGAGAUUCGGUCGGAGUUCAUUGGUCGUAACGGCUACCAUAUUGUAAAACGAAACUACACCAUGCGGGAACAGUUCAUCGUUGGUUUUAUGAGAAUGCGGGAAGUAGGAGUCUCGGUAAGGCACUACAGCAGGAUGAACAGUGACAAACCUGGCUGUGAAAAAGGAACAGAGUUCAGACCACUAAGCGUGAUUGAUUUAAUAUUUGCGAUCCAGAUCGUCAUUGGCGGCAUAACUUUAGCUGUCAUUGUCAUGUUCGCAGAACGCGCUUGGAUCAGCUACCAACGCUGGAAAGUGCCAAUGUUCGAAUUUACAAUCUGUGUAUCGACGCCGGAUUCGGCAACAUUGAUUUCGGAUCUGAUUUUGUUUCUAAAAGUUCCACUCAAGUUAGCGGUGUUUGUAUGCUGGAACGAAGAAAAAUCGUUUCAAUUUAUUCGGAAGCUUCUCAAAUCGGACGGGUCGCGAUCAUUUUUACUUCAGCUCAAAUCACCAUCAGUUGAGAAUCUGCCAAUCCUGGAUACGUUGGAGCCCCACCAGCAUCUGGCCAUUGUCGAUGCAGCAUGUCCCGAAACGGGAAACUUUCUGGCUGCCGCUGGUUAUAGAAUAUACGACAAGAUUCGUUGGGUUAUCCUGAACGGUAAUCAAACCUAUGGCCCUGAUCCAGAUCCGGUGGAUGCCCAGGAGAAUAUCGUGCUUCGAACGCUGGCGGACCUACCCGUGACCGGGAGAUUGUAUCGGAGAUCGAUGAGAACGGAUUUGAUUACAAGCGUGAUUGGAAUCUGGAGGAAUGGAACAAUCCGGGAUUUAAGAAAGGAAAAUACUGUUGUUGUCAGACGAAGAAAUUUGGAAAAAGUAUCGGUCAAUAUUACAUCAGUGUACUACAAAAAUUACACCUUGAAUCAUUUUAACGACAACGAGAACAAACACAUUGAUACUAUGCCACGUCUGUCGUACCAAGUUUUGCACACCCUGCUUGUGUACUACCUGAACGCCACUCCUGCCAACAAAGUGACCAACAACACGGGAUAUUUGGAUCCUAAGACCGGUAAGAUGACGGGAAUGAUACUCGAUUUGAUGAACCACGAUGCAGAGGUCGGUGGAUCGAUUGCACUGAUGGUCAGAAGUCGCCUGCCUCAGGUGGAUUUUAUGAAAAUAAAUUUCCCAGCGGAUAUGAAGUACGUCUUCAAGACGCCCAAUCUAUCGAUUACGAACAACAUAUUUGAGCUGCCGUUCGCUUCCAGCGUGUGGCUGUGCUUGCUGGGUUUGUUGAUUGUAGCUGCCGGUGCUUUUGCUACGAUCAAUAUCAUAUCACCUCGUGAAAACAAAUCCACCAGAAACAGGCAACAUGAAGCAAUCGAUGCAGCAUUUGACGUCGUUGCAGUUGCCACCAACCAGGGAUCGAUGAUCAAUUCCGAGUCCUUAUCUCAGCGACUGUUGGUGAUAGUGUGCCUAUUUGGACUCAUGUUUCUGGGAGUAGGCUAUUCGGCGAAAAUAGUAUCACUAAUUCAGGCGCCCUCUGAGAAAAUAAGCAGCCUGAAAGACUUGUUGGAUUCACGCUUAGAGCUUGGUAUAAAUUACGCAUUUUACAACAGAAUAUAUCUGGCGGCAGCGAAAGAUCCGGUUCGGAGGGCCUUGUACGAGCAGAAAAUUGUUGGAAAGAAUGGAUCCCUAAAUAUUUACGAGCUAAACGAUGGAGUUUCCAGGCUGCGAGAAGGAUUAUUCGCUUACCAUGGGGACCUGUCACCAAUCUAUUACAGAAUUAGCGAAACUUUCAACGAUGUGGAAAAGUGUUAUCUGAGGGAGAUUCGAUCGGAGAUCUGUAAUGGGUACUAUAUUGUACAACUGAACUACACAAUGCGGGAACACUUCAACGUAGGCUUUGCGAGGAUGUGGGAAGUAGGAGUCUCUGCCAGGAAAUACAGCAUGAUGAACAGUGAGAAACCUCGCUGUGUAGAAGGAACGGAGUUCAGACCACUGAAGGUGAUUGAUUUGAUAUUUGCGAUGGAGAUCGUCACAGGAGGAGUAGCGAUGGCUGUCAUAAUCAUGAUCGUCGAAUAUAACCUGCCGCUGCGGACUUUGUCGCCGGGGAACUAUGACGAAACUUUCGAAACCAUUAGUCCACUUCCGGAAUUCGCACAGAACGGCCGAUGGCUACUGCCCGGUGGUGAAUAUGACGUAACGGUCAAUGGUUCACCAGUUCCUCCAUCAUCCACUUUGGGAUCACUUUAG